AUGGCGAGACGUAAGAGAGUCCACCAGAAGCCUACUACGAUUGACAAGGGUAGGGAAGAUUUAGGGACUGAGGAAGUGGUUGGAGAAUCGCUGGUAAUUGAGAAUGAAGAACCUUCAACUGAGAUGGAGGACAUUUUCAAAGAUACCAUGGCUGAUUUCCCUGAGAUUGGAGGUUCGUUGAAAGGGGAUUUGAACAUGGAUAGGUCGGGGGUUUCUCGUUCUGGUUUUAAAUGGAGUGAGCAAGAAGAGUGCAACAACGAUUUUCUAAAUCAAGCCAAGGAUAAGUGGUCAUCGUUUAAAGAUUUGUUGCCGAAACAAGGGGGUGCUCGACUGCAAUUUGAAGAACCAUUAAUUCAAGAUGGCCAUCGAAUUGCUCAAGUGGAUUUGGAAGAAAUUGCUGUUGAAGCUUCUAUAUGGAACUCAGCUGUGGUAUGUAUGGUUUUAGGAGCUAAUCCCCCUUUUACAGUCUUUGAAGGGUUCAUAAAGAGAAUGUGGGGUAAACUGGGUAUCGAGAGGAUUGCGAGAUUAAAUGCAGGUCAUACUCUGGUUAAAUUCAGAGAUGAAGCUACUAGAGACUUGGUGUUAGAAAAUGGGGUUUUGCAUUUUGAUAGAAAACCAGUCAUUGUGAGACCAUGGACCACUGAAUUAGAUCAUAUGAGGUUAGUUAAAUCUGUACCGGUGUGGGUGAGACUACCUGGGUUGGGGUUACAGUAUUGGGGAACCAAGUGUUUGAGUGCUUUGGUUAGCACUCUUGGGAAACCAAUUCUUGUAGAUAAGGUUACAAAGGAUAGAUCUAUGAUGCAAUUUGCAAGGGUUUUAGUGGAGAUUGACAUAGCUGAUGAGGUCCCGAAAUCUAUUCAGCUUUUGAAUGAAAGAGGGCAAUUGAUGGAGCAAUUUGUUGAGUUUGAAUGGCUUCCAACACAGUGUAAGGUCUGCAAGGUGUAUGGCCAUACUGAAUCUUCUUGUAAUAAGAAAAAGGAGGUGAUUUGGAGACCAAAAGAACAGAACUCUGAAGGAGCUAACUUAGAUAAAUCUGCUGAAGGAGCAAAUCUGGGAAAAUUGGAGAUGCAGAAGGGUGCAAGUUCUUCAGAGCAAGCUAUUGAAUCUGGUUUCAAGACUAAACCGACUAAUAAUACUCUGGAGAAUUCAAAUGAUCAGCUGAAAACAAAUAUUAUUGAUGUAGCUACUAAUCAAGUGUCCAAGAUAGAUCAGGUGGCUGUUGACAGAGAAGUUUUAGACAGCAAUUUAGAUCGUGAGGGGGACUGGGUCACCCCUAGGAAAGUGGGUGGGAAGAAUUUGUUGGCUACCAAGGCUCAGAACAAAUUAAAAAACACUUAUAAUGUCUUACAGGACAAGAGACUGGAUGGUUCGAAAUUGGACUUCAGUGCAAACAAAAAAUCAAAUGGGGGAGUUCCAAAUUCUUAG